CUUCAUUCGACAGUACCCCCCUUUCCACGCUACUCGUACCAAAGAAAAAAAAAACGAGCCUGUCACGGCCUCAGUCGUCGUCUCGUCUCUACACCCAAACACGCCGCCUCCACCGUGCUCCGUCCACCUCGCGCGCCACCUGCUCCUCCCAGCGCGCAGCCUCCUGCUUCCCCCAGAGCUCGCCUCCCUCCCUGCUGACCCUUCCCGCCCCCACCGUCCACCCGCACAUCUCCCCGCUGCGCCGCCCUCCGUCAACAACGACGUCAAUGGCGGCAGGGCGGUGAUCCAGCGGCGACGGCGACCGUGACCGCAUGAUCGAGCGGCGGUAUUGACGAGGAUUUCGGCGGCAAACAUGGCAUCCAUGGGCCGCUUUACAGUGGGUUCUCAGGUUUGGGUCGAGGAUGCUGAUGUGGCUUGGAUUGAUGGUCUGGUGGAGGAGGUCCAUGGGGAUGAAUUAAUAAUAAACUGCACUUCUGGGAAGAAGGUUACUGCCAAUGUGUCAAGUGUCUAUCCUAAGGAUGUAGAAGUAAAACGAUGUGGUGUUGAGGAUAUGACAAGGCUAGCUUAUCUGCAUGAACCAGGAGUUCUCCGGAACUUGAAGUCAAGAUAUGGAAUGAAUGAAAUAUAUACUUAUACUGGGAACAUAUUGAUAGCUGUAAAUCCGUUUCAAAGACUUCCUCACCUUUAUAAUGAUCAUAUGAUGGAAAUGUACAAAGGAGCCGAAUUUGGUGAGCUGAGUCCCCAUCCUUUUGCCAUGGCAGACCGUGCAUAUAGGCUUAUGAUGAAUUAUGGUACCAGUCAAGCCAUUUUGGUGAGUGGCGAAAGUGGAGCUGGUAAGACAGAAAGCACUAAAAUGCUUAUGCAAUAUCUUGCUUUUAUGGGUGGCAAAGUUGAAUCUGAUGGGAGGUCAGUGCAACAACAAGUACUGGAGUCCAAUCCUGUUCUCGAGGCAUUUGGAAAUGCAAAAACAGUCAGGAAUAAUAAUUCGAGUCGUUUCGGCAAAUUUGUUGAGCUUCAGUUUGAUCAGAAUGGGAAGAUCUCAGGAGCUGCUAUAAGGACUUACCUUUUGGAAAGAUCUCGUGUCUGUCAAAUAUCUGACCCAGAAAGAAAUUAUCACUGCUUUUACAUGCUAUGUGCUGCACCACCAGAGGACCGUGAGAGAUAUAAAUUGGGAGAUGCCUCAUUGUUUCACUAUCUCAAUCAGUCUAACUGCAUUAAGCUUGAUGGAAUGGAUGAUUCUUCAGAAUAUAUAGCAACCAGGAGAGCAAUGGAUAUUGUAGGCAUUAGUUCUGAUGAGCAGGAUGCCAUAUUCAGAGUUGUAGCUGCUAUUCUUCAUCUGGGCAAUGUGGAAUUUUCAGAAGGGAGCGAAGCAGAUUCUUCUGUACCCAAAGAUGACAAAUCCCAGUUCCAUCUCCGGACAGCUGCGGAGCUUUUCAUGUGUGAUGAAAAGUCUUUGGAGGAAUCUUUAUGUAAGCGUGUUAUGGUAACACGUGGUGAGAGUAUUGUAAGAAACUUGGAUUCACGAGCAGCAGCUCUUAGUAGAGAUGCAUUGGCCAGAAUGGUUUACUCCCGUUUGUUUGAUUGGCUUGUGAAUAAGAUCAAUACUACAAUAGGACAGGAUCCUACUUCGAAGCUUUUGAUUGGUGUGCUGGAUAUUUAUGGAUUUGAAAGUUUCAAGACAAACAGUUUCGAGCAGUUCUGUAUCAACUUAACUAAUGAGAAGCUCCAGCAACACUUUAAUCAGCAUGUUUUCAAGAUGGAGCAAGAAGAAUAUACAAAAGAAGAGAUUGAUUGGAGUUACAUCCAGUUUGUGGACAACCAAGAGAUUCUUGAUCUCAUUGAGAAGAAACCAGGGGGGAUAAUUGCUCUACUGGAUGAGACUUGCAUGUUGCGAAAUUCGAACCAUGAAACAUUCGCUGAAAAGCUAUAUCAAAAAUUCAAGGACAAUCCACAUUUCAGCAGGCCAAAAUUUUCACGGUCUGAUUUUACUAUUCAUCACUAUGCGGGAAAUGUUACAUACCAAACGGAUCUAUUCUUAGAUAAGAACAUAGAUUAUGCUGUCAACGAGCAUCAAGAUUUGUUACAUGCUUCUACAUCUCCAUUUGUUUCAAGUCUUUUUCCUCCUUCUGAAGAAUCGACUAAAUCGAAUAAAUCCACAAAGUUCACAUCAAUAGGUUCGAGCUUUAAGCAACAAUUACAAGGUUUGUUAGAAACUCUCAGCUCAACAGAACCACAUUACAUGCGCUGCAUAAAGCCUAAUAAUGUUCUCAAGCCAGCAAUUUUUGAGAACAGUAAUGUUCUCCAGCAACUUCGAUGUGGGGGGGUGCUAGAGGCAAUAAGAAUAAGCUGUCUAGGAUAUCCGACAAGGCGGACUUUUGAAGAAUUUGUUGAUCGCUUUAGUGUUUUACGACCAGAAGUGCUUGGUUUAUGUUAUGAUGAAGUUACUGCCACAAACAUGGUCCUUGAGAAAGUAAACCUCACAGGUUAUCAGAUAGGGAAAACAAAAGUGUUUCUGCGUGCUGGCCAGAUGGCUGAAUUAGAUGCUCGGAGGACUGAGGUCUUGAGCUAUUCUGCUAGUAAAAUCCAGCGAAAAGUUCGGUCGUUCCUGGCUCGCAGAAAUUUCAUUCAGCUGCGAAUGUCUUCUGUUCAGCUUCAGGCAAUGUGCAGAGGACAAAUUGCAAGGCAUUAUUAUGAAGAUCUCCGUAGGAAGGCUGCUUCAUUAAAAAUUCAGACCUACUAUCGUAUGCACUUUGCAAGGAAAAACUACAAAGCUCUCUAUUCUGCAUCAACUACUAUACAAUCAGGUCUACGUGGUAUGGCUGCUCGCAACGAAUUCCAUUUCCGUCAGCAAACAAAAGCGGCAGUGAUUAUUCAGAGUUGCUGCCGUAGUGAUUUAGCAAGCUCACGGUAUAUGGGCUUAAAGAAGGCAGCGAUCACAACCCAAUGUGCUUGGAGAGGAAGGGUGGCCAGAAGAGAACUUAGAAAACUUAAAAUGGCUGCAAAAGAAAGUGGUGCUCUGCAAGCUGCAAAGAAUAAGUUAGAGAAGCAAGUUGAGGAGCUCACUUGGCGGUUGCAACUGGAGAAACGCAUGAGGACUGACAUGGAAGAAGCCAAGACACAAGAAAAUAAGAAGUUGCAACAACAAUUACAGGAAUUGCAAUUCCAGUCCAAGGAGACAAAAGAUAUAUUAAGAAGGGAACAGGAAAACACAAAAACAGCAUUGGAGAAAGCUGCCUUAGUACCAGAGAUCCAAAUUGAUACAACUCAUGUUGACAAGCUUACUGCUGAAAAUGAGAAUCUUAAGACACUGGUGAUUUCUCUUGAGACAAAAAUUGAAGAAACAGAACAGAAGUUUGAAGAAAUGAAGAAAGCCAGAGAAGAAUUGCUGAAGAAAGCUACAGAUGCCGAGUCAAAGAUAAAUGGACUGACCAACACAAUGCUAAGUUUUCAAGAAAAGUUGACUAAUAUGGAAGCUGAAAAUCAACUUCUCCGGCAGCAGGCUCUGUUGCAUUCUCGCCUGAAAACAAUAUCUGAGAACACUUCUCCGAAAUCUAAUUCGACUAAUGGCAGCCCACACUAUGAGGAACAGAUGACACCUCAUGGCACUCCUCGAGCGCCCAAGGAUUAUGGGAACUUCGCACAUCCAAGGGCAUCCUUUUCUGAGAGGCAGCAUGAUACUGUGGAUGCACUUAUAAACUGUGUUACUGAAAAUAUUGGCUUUAGUGAAGGAAAGCCAGUUGCUGCAAUUACCAUAUACAAAUGUCUUGUUCACUGGAAGAUCUUUGAAACAGAAAAAACAUCUGUUUUUGAUAGGCUUAUUCAAAUUUUUGGUUCUGCGAUGCAGAAUCAUGAUAGCAAUGAGGAUCUUGCAUACUGGCUAUCGAACUCAUCGACUUUAUUGAUUAUACUACAAAAGAGCCUAAAAGCUGUUGGCUCAACCGGAACCACUCCACAUAAAAGACCACAGAAUCAGUCAUCGUUCCUUGGGAGGAUGGUAUUUCGUUCUUCGAACAUUACUGUCGAUAUGGAUCUUGUGCGUCAAAUCGAAGCCAAGUAUCCUGCAUUUCUUUUCAAGCAGCAACUUGCAGCAUUUGUGGAAGGCUUAUAUGGAAUGAUCCGUGACAAUGUCAAGAAAGAAUUAUCUGCAUUGCUCUUGCAUGCUAUUCAGGUCCCGAGAAUUAUAAAAGCCAGUAUGGUAAGAGGACGUUCAUUUGGGUCAUCAAGUUUGAGGGGGCGUUCAUUUUCAAAUCAAGGUAGCUAUUGGCUGGCGAUAGUUGACAAUUUGAAUGAACUCUUGAAUAUCUUGCGAGAAAAUUGUGUCCCUGCUAUUUUUAUUCGGAAGAUAUUUACCCAGAUUUUCUCAUUUAUCAAUGCUCAACUUUUCAAUAGUCUUCUUGUGCGCCAUGAGUGCUGCUCUUUUAGCAAUGGAGAAUAUGUAAAACAAGGAUUGGCACAACUAGAGGUGUGGUGUGGAGAAGUGAAACCAGAGUAUGCAGGAUCUGCAUUGCAUGAACUCAGGCACAUAAGGCAAGCUGUUGGUUUCUUGGUCAUAUUCAAGAAGUUCAGGAUUUCAUAUGAUGAGAUAGUCAAUGAUCUCUGCCCAGUGCUAAGUGUCCAGCAGCUCUACAAAAUAUGCACUCAGUACUGGGAUGACAAAUAUAACACAGAGAGUGUAUCUGAAGAAGUUCUUGACGAGAUGAGAACUUUGAUGACAGAGGAAUCGGGCCAUAAUGCUUCAGAGGGCGCCUUUUUACUGGAUGAUGAAAUAAGCAUGCCGAUAUCACUUGAGGAGAUAGCAGAUUCCAUGGAUGUUAAGGAAUUUCAAAACGUGGCCCCACCAUCAGAACUCGUCGCAAUGUCUGCCUUCCAAUUCUUGAAAAGUUGACAGGGCCCUCUCCCAAUUCUUGAAAAGCUGGUCGAGCACUCCAAGAUGCGGUCUGUUCGUUCCCUUGGACAUAUUCUGUGAACUGCGCCAGCAGAUCUCUGUAUUCUUCCGCAUCAAUGUUGUAAAUUCAACCUAGGGUUUCCCUUCUGCCCUGCAGUCCCGUUGUGCCAUGUAAAUCAUCAUUCUUUCCUAGAUAGGUUGGUCUUUUCUCCCAAUUUUUUGUUGGUUGGGUUGGGUUGGGAAUAAUUUCUUCACCCUCCCAAAUCCAUGUCACAAAAAGAGUGGAAUUAUUCAUUCUUUGUAGCAUAUGGAACAAUGAGCAACACUUAACCAUGUCUAUCCAUAUUUUGUCACAUUUGAUGUGAAUAACUGUAUAGUUAAACUUUUUUUUUCCAA